AUGAGGACCACAGUGACAGCCGAGAUCAAGAUCAAGCCAUUCGAUUAUGAUGCAUCCGACAACAGUUGUGCCUUGGCUAUGGUCGAAGAAGGCUCUACUGUCAUCGGCUGGAACGAGAACGACCCUUUCAACCCGCGGAAUUGGUCAGUCCGUCGCAAAAUGGUCAAUAUCGGUCUUGUCUGCUACCUUUCCUUCCUGGUCACCUUGAGGUCGACCUUAAUAGCGCCGGGUGUCUUGCAGAUUAUGGAUGAGUUCAAUGCCUUAGCUAAUUUGCUUUUGACUACGUUUGUGGUGUCGGUUUACGUACUCGGUCUUGUGGGGGGUCCUCUUUUUGCCGGCCCUCUUGGUGAGAGUUUUGGUCGACUCCCACUUUACCAUGUUUCCAACGUCGGCUUCGUUGGGUUCACUGCUGCAUGUGCAUUCGCCCCAUCGUUGGGUUGUCUUGUCGCCUUUCGCUUCUUCUCUGGCAUGUUUGGAGGAGGCCUGCUUAUAAUCGGGUCCAGCACCAUAGCGGACUUGAUCGUCCCCGACCAGCGCGGCAUCCUGAUGAGAUUUUACAACAUCAUACCCCUGAUUGGACCUCUCAUCGCACCUAUCCCGGGAAGUUUCAUGGUCGCGAAACUCGGUUGGCGUUGGGUUUUCUGGGGUGAAGCCAUGAUGGCCAGUGCUACCAUGCUCAUCAUUAACAUCGGACUGGUGUUCAUUGGCUUGGUUAUCGGGGCAUUGACUGGCCUUGCGCAGUACUGGUUUCUUAACAGCCGCGUAACCAAGUUCAUGCUGGCGUCGAGGAGGUUUGUAAAGCCUGAGCAUAAGCUAGUUCCAUCGACUUUGGGAGUCAUGAUGAUGCUAGUCGGAUAUCUCUUGUAUGGCUGGGGGACAGGGCUCGACUUCCAUUGGUGGGUGCCCAUCUUGGGGCACUUAAUCACGUAA